UUUCCAUCGCCGCGUUCCAAUUAGUCCGACAGGGCAAGGGUGCGGUUUCGAAAAAGCCGAUUGGUCGAGAGGGCGUGCCCGCGCUCCAGGUGCCCAACACCAAUUGGUUCGGAACUCAUUUUCGCUCCUCCUUCCGGCACAGAGAAGGAGCCAUUUGACUAUUGUUGGAGGAAGCUGUCGUCCUGUUCUAAACCCAACAUCCCAUUGCUCACAACAUUUGGUCAGAGGCUGGUAGGUUUCUGCAUUGGCUGGGGCACAGGCUGCUCUUGGAAUCCAGGCCAUGACCAGCAGAGGAGCUGCCAGGCCGAAUGGUCAAUCACAAGCCAGCAAGAUCUGUCAGUUCAAGCUAGUACUGCUGGGUGAAUCAGCAGUAGGCAAGUCCAGCCUGGUGCUGCGUUUCGUCAAGGGUCAAUUCCACGAGUACCAGGAGAGCACCAUCGGUGCGGCUUUCCUCACACAGUCUGUCUGCCUAGAUGAUACAACGGUAAAGUUUGAGAUCUGGGACACAGCUGGCCAGGAAAGAUACCACAGUCUGGCCCCUAUGUACUACCGAGGGGCUCAAGCUGCCAUUGUGGUAUAUGACAUAACCAACCAGGAAACAUUUGCACGAGCAAAGACAUGGGUGAAAGAACUCCAACGGCAAGCUAGUCCCAACAUUGUCAUAGCCUUAGCAGGAAACAAGGCUGAUCUUGCCAACAAGCGCAUGGUAGAAUAUGAAGAGGCCCAGGCCUAUGCAGAUGACAACAGUCUAUUGUUUAUGGAGACAUCAGCCAAGACAGCAAUGAAUGUUAACGAUCUCUUCCUGGCAAUAGCUAAGAAGCUGCCAAAGAGUGAGCCCCAGAGCACAGGAGGUGCUGUCGGUCGGAAUCGAGGUGUGGACCUUCACGAGCAGUCCCAGCAGAACAAGAGCCAGUGUUGUAGCAACUAAAUGGUGGCAUUCAAAAGCAGCCAGUGAGAGAUAAGAUAUAACCUCCAUUCCCACCCCACUCCACCACACCUCACCUCCAGUAACAGCAUCGGCACACUUGGAAGCCGGCCCCCUUUCCUCCUUCUGAGAGCUCCGUUUAACUGCACUUCUAACACUUCAGAAACCACCACCAGACGUCUGUUACCACCACCCCAAGGAAAGUGGAGAUAGACCGACCGGGGACUUAACUUCCAAAAAAAACUCUUCUUCACUUUGUAUUAUAGGUGCAAAUAGCUACCUACCUACUUGGAUUCUCCUACUCUGUUUUUUCCCAGAUAAUAAUCCUCUUUUCAUCUCCCCCCCCACCUCCCCUCCGCUCUGAUAAAAUGUGUUCUCAGUCCCAUAACCUACCCUCUCCACCUCUACCUCCCUUUCUUUUGUUCGAUGCUGUGAGGGAGGGUCAAAGGUGAGGGGAAACUUAAUUCUUGUAGAUUCAUUUUUAAGAGCAAGGUUAAUGGGUUUCCUCAGAAAAUGCUUUUUGAGGAGGUCCCCUCAGAGUUAAUUUUUAUUCAUGUUUUCAAUGUUCAGAAAAGCUGCAGUGUCCUUGUCUUUUUCCCCCCAGGGUAGCCUUUUAUAGCUGGGCUGGAGAGGGAGCUUGUAUCUGAACUCUCGCUAUAACAUGAAUGUGGCCCUAGGACUCGGUGGUGUGAAUACGAGAACUGUGUGUUUGAGUAUGGAGUAUGAAACAGCUUUCCCAAAUCCUCUGAAAGCACUUGAUGCCUUAGAAGUUCCGUUGGACAGGACAGGCGAGGGAGAUGAGACUUGUUUGCAGAGUGUCAGCACUGACCUACGCAACUAAAGUCUCAAGACAAGAGGCAACUUGAGUGUUUCCUCUCCCAGUGACAUUCAGGUUGUUUACAACGUGCAUUUCAGUGAUCAGACAGCCCAUUUAGAGACAUUGUCCUUUUUAAAGCAGUUAGCUGAAGAAGGAAAGUGCAGACCCUUUAGUACCCUUGUAGGCUAUCACAGGAUUUCUUUUAAUAAGUUCUACCUGCUCAGCCUUCACCUGGCUAUAAUAUACUGCAUGCACAGUGUUGUCCACUAAUAGAAUUCUGUUCUAAGUUGCCAAAGGGGAGAAAGAUCAUUGCACCAUUUUGCAGAACUAGGAAAAGCCUCUUCCUAACAGUGGAGGUUAGUACAGUCUUAACCAAAGGUUUUGGUUAGUGGGAAAUGGGAGGAGAAACAAGACAGCAUGCUACAUGGAAGAAGAGAUGCUAGGAGGACCAGUACUGUACUUUCUGUAUCUGUCUCCCUGCCAGGGAGCACCCAGCUUGCCUUGUGAUUUCCCCCUGCCAAACAUCCUUGUAGAAUUUCCCUGUGUACAAAAUCAGUCUUACCCUAUGUAACAGUAUUGAGAGGUAACAGUCUGGAUAGGUGGAGAAGUGUGGCCCCAUCCAGACCCAAAGGGCUGUCUCAUCUUGAGAAGACUGUUUCAGUUAACCAAACUCAGCCCUGUCAUGUUCCUUUUCUCUGUAAAUAGUACAGCACACAUUUAUAUGUAAAAAUUCCAGGGUGGGGCAUGGAGGGGGGUGGUACAAGGUGAGGGAGUUUCACUCUUGGGCUGUUAGUUAAUAGCUUUUACAAUUUAGCUGUAGAUAGAGCUGAUCAUGCUGCUGUCUCUCACCCGCCUUGUGCUCUUUGGGCAGCUGGCAGUCCAGUAUCUGUCAGUAAUGGCCCCUCUCCUAGCAGCAACCUUUGCAAAGUUAAUAGCCCCAGCCCUCUUGGGUGUGGUCGGAUGAGACAAACUUUUCAACAGUUGUCUGUCCCUGUAGCUGAGUGCCAACAUGGCACCAUUUGGACUGGAUCAUGCUCAAAUGUGUACAUACUCCCUUCUCACUCUCUGCAGCGUGGUUUUAAACCCUCUUUAAUUUUACACAUGAUUUGCACUUCUACACUGAACAGUUUUGCCUUCUCUGCCUGUCAGUACCUAUUCAUCUGUGCACUUGAUCUCCAUCCAAGCAGUGUAUGCAUUUUAAGCUUAGCUCUGCCUGACUGCCCUUGCAGUCCAACAUGGGAACUGUCAGUUCCUGCACUGGUGGUAGGUGUGAGGGGUGAUCUAGCCUACCUUUGAAAUGGCGCUCUGGUGGUGGCUGCAUUAAACCAGAAGCAUCUUAAAGGAGGACCUGGACUAAUUUGCCUGCUCAAUGCUGUAACAAGAAUAUUCGAAAGCUAAGACUUUAAGCAAUAGAUGCUCUGAUAUUUUUCUUCAUGACAUUGCAACAGAAUUGACUCUGGAAAUGUAAUCUGGUUCCUUGCUGCUUUGGUUCAUACAACAUAUGAUGCUGUUGGUGAUGGUGGAGACUAGCCAUGUAAUUCUGUACACCGUUACUCCAGUUUAGGCCCAUUGAAAUCAGUUUUACCAUUUUGACAUUUAUGGGCUUAGAUUGGAGUAAAUCUGAAUGGGUUGCGCUGUAGAUGUACCCUUAAUUACACUGUACCAGCACUUUCUAGAUGCUGGUUUCAAGUGGUACACCUAAAGUUGACAUGUAGUGGAGGGCUCUUGUGGGGCAGGGGGAGAGAAUCCUGAAAUGGAAUCUUGCAUCUUCAAUUGCAUUAACUGUAAAUGUUUUGUUAUGCCUACAUAAUGCGGUAUAGACACCUAGGAAAAUUUAGAAGUGGGAAAUAAGCAUGACCUUUUGCAUCCCAACAAAGCUAGGGGAUGUUUGUUCUCAGCUCAAGGCAAAACAAAACUAGACCCUGUAUUUUUUUUUAAAAACAGUUUUCCAGUUAGUGCUCACCAACUUUUCCUGUUUCCUGGCUAGAUCCUGGACCAAGUUAGGACACUGCAGCUUUUUCUCUAAAAACAAAAACCGUUUUCUUCUGCUUACUCUUCUGAUCAUUUUUUUUUUCUGCUUUUGAGAAAGCUCUUACAUUGCAUUUAAAAAUAACAAUCAUGGUAACAGAAUUCAACUGCUGAUUUACCAGUGUAUUUAAUGUAAGUAAACAAACAAACAAAAUCAGUGUAUUAGA